UGUUUUUCACUCUAGUUGAAGAUGUAAUAAAAUAUCUUGACCCUCAGUACAUUGAUAGGAUGGCUGUUCCAGACACUAUGAAGCUGCAGUUCAUCUUGGCAGAGGAUCAAGUUAUUCCUUCCCGAGCAGCCCUUCUGGAGCAGGUGAAGAACCUCCAGCCCAUCUUGGACAGUGCCAGUAUCCAAGCGGUUCCUGACCAUGCAGCCAAACUACAGCGACUCUCUCUAAUCCACAUACAGCAGCAGGAACAGCGUCAAGAACUCACAAACAGUGUCAAGAUGCUCCUUGAAGACUACAACAAAAUGACCCUGCUUCUCUCCAAGCAGUUUGUCCAGUGGAAUGAAAUACUGACACAGCUGGAAACAGCCAAGGAAGCGAAACCUGCAGCAGAGUGACGGCGGAGACGGGAGCGUGG